CCUUUCCCUCUUCCCAAAUCCCACACCCAACACAUUCCCAUAUCUUACAGAAAUCUGUACUACACUCUCUCUACCUUAUCCCUCUCUUUCUCUCUCCUCUUCAGACCAACUCACCGGGAAAAAUGGAACAACAAACCCCGCCACCAUCCCAACCACCUCCUCCACCACAACAACCACCUUCAACCACCGGGUACCCACCGCAACCAGGUCCAUAUCACCACCUCCUCCAACAACAACAACAACAGCUGAAUUUGUUCUGGUCCUUCCAACGCCAAGAGAUUGAAACCGCCAACGAUUUCAAGAAUCAUUCACUCCCUUUAGCCCGCAUUAAGAAGAUCAUGAAGGCUGACGAAGACGUGCGCAUGAUCUCCGCCGAAGCGCCCAUCCUCUUCGCUAAAGCCUGCGAGCUUUUCAUCCUUGAGCUCACCAUCCGAUCGUGGCUGCACGCGGAGGAGAACAAGCGGCGUACGUUGCAGAAGAAUGACAUCGCAGCGGCGAUUACGCGCACCGAUAUCUUUGAUUUCCUAGUGGAUAUUGUGCCGAGAGAUGAGAUCAAGGAUGAGGGGUGCGCUGUUGGGUUAGGGGGGAUGGGUGGGAUGGUAGGGCCUACUGGGGUGGUGGGGCCACCGGGUGUAGGAGUGGGACCGACAGCCAGUGGGGUGCCGUAUUAUUAUCCGCCUAUGGGACAGCCGGCGCCGACGGGGGUUAUGAUUGGGAGGCCGGCGAUGGAUGUGGGGAUGUAUGGGGUUGCAGCGCCACAGCCUCCGCCAUCGUCUGCUUGGCAGAGUGUGUGGCAGAGUGGACAUGCGGCUACUGGGGAUGAUGGGUCGUAUGUGAGUGGUACUAGUGCUGGUGGGGGGAAUAGUGGCCAGGGUAAUCUUGAUGGCCAGAGCUAAUCAAUUCAUUCGCCGAUAUGUCUACCAGUGGGGGUUGUAUGUAGGGUGAUGAGGCGUGCUGAUCUCCGUACAGGUUUGGGCAUGCUUAUGAACUCCUAGAGCACAGUUCACCCUGGUAUUAUUAAUUAUUAAUUAAUUUGCAUAUAAUUGCUAAUGUAAUGACUUCAGAACUGCUAGAAACAUUAAAUCUUGUUCAGUGGCAGUCAAAACUCUAAAUGAUUAUUGUAUUUGCAGUGCAUUCUUAGCAUCGCUUA